AAAAGAGGAAGCAGUCCCGCCCCCAGAAGAGAAGCUGGAGGUCGAGCAAAGAAGAAGAAGCAGCUCCCCGGAUCUGUUCAGCCCGAAACCUGAAACUAAAGCUCGGUUACUUUGGUCUCUGUAGUUCGGCGGAGCGGCGGUGGACUCCGGGACUUUCGUGGUUAGGACUGGUAGAGCAUGAGCUUCAUGUAGAGGAGUUCCCGUUUGUCUCUGAAGUCGUCCAUGCCGCUCUCCUCUGUUCACAUUCCGUGAAGAGGCGGAUCGACUUUACUUUGGAUUGUUGAGGCGUUUGAUCAGAAUAGAGCCGGAUCACAGGCAGGAUGAGUGCAGAAGAAGAACGAUUCAAACUGGUGGUGGUGGGGGGAGGAGGGGUGGGGAAGAGCGCCCUGACCAUCCAGUUCAUCCAGUCCUACUUUGUGUCCGACUACGACCCCACCAUCGAGGACUCCUACACCAAGAUCUGCACUGUUGGGGGGAAGGAGACCCGGCUGGACAUCCUGGAUACAGCUGGUCAGGAGGAGUUUGGAGCAAUGAGGGAGCAAUACAUGCGCUCAGGAGAAGGCUUUCUAUUGGUGUUUGCACUCAAUGACCGGGGCAGCUACCACGAGGUGCAGAAGUUCCACACGCAGAUCCUGAGGGUGAAGGACCGGGACGACUUCCCCAUGGUACUGGUGGGGAACAAGGCAGACCUGGAGCACCAGAGAGCGAUCUCCAGGGAGGAUGCUCAGGGAUUCGCCAGAGAGAAUAGGAUCCACUACAUGGAGGCUUCUGCCAAGAAUCGCCACAACGUGGAUGAAUGCUUCUUGGAGCUGGUACAAAUUAUCAGAAAGUUCCACGAGAUGGAGAGUCCUCCCCCCCAAGCUCAUCACACAGGAAAACAGAAUAGUGGGGGCUGUCCCUGUGUCUUGCUCUGAGCACUGUUACUAUGGACACCAAAGCCCCCCCCCCCCCCCCCUCUAAAGCUUGUCCAAAGGAGAGAGAGAGAGUGUGUGCGCAUGCCUGCAUGUUGGCAGAGAGGGGGGGGGUUAAGGUGCGUCCUUUUUUUACCAAAUGGUUUCAUUUGCACUUUUGUCAAAAGCAAGUUCUAAAUCAGUGUAAUCUUUUUGUAAUCAGUGGAAGUAAAGGGAUCAGUAGCCGGUUAGUAGUGUAGUUAGUUCGGUGUAGAAACAGGAAGUCAGUCCUGUGUUUACUUGUCACACAUGCAGACCGCACACACAGUGACACUGCAUUCAACCUCUCCUGUGUGAGGAGCUGGGCAGCUGCUGCAGAGGCCCAGGGGGGGGGGGGGUUCUGCCCCUACAUACUGAGCAACUGCUGCUCCCUCCAAAAUUCACACAUUUACAUGUUGUAGAAAUCAGUGUUAGACAGGAGGGAGUGCAGCGGUGACAUCAUCAUCACAUCCUCACAAACAGUUGUUCCGAAUCUGUGUCUUCAGUGUUAAAAAAAAUGGACAUGUCAAUGUAAUAUUUCAUGAAAUUAAAUGAAUGCUCACCCAAGGCCAGGCUUUAAACUCCAUGAGCUGUCUGACCCCAAGCCUUCCUACAGGGGGUGCCAGAGCCCCUCCACAGAAUUGAAAGAGGAAGGAAGUGUAGCAGCAACUCCUGUAGCUCUGUUCCCAGCUGCUGGGUUUGUCCUUUAUCGGCUUUCUGCCUUCAUUCUUCCCCAUGGUGUUGCUAUAACAAGACAGAGUAGUGAAAACAUCCAGCCUGCAGAGUAACCGGGUGGAGAACAGUGUAAUUUGUGGUAGCAUGAACUUGUUCCUGGUGCAGUAUCAGUAUCAACAUUAGACUGGGGGCUGCUGGGACAGCAGUCAAGGGAAGGAUAUGUGCAAGCUGGUCCUUAGUGACAGAUCUUGAUCACUCUGUCAGGUUCCUUUCGCUAUAUUACUAAGUUAAUCAAUGAUUUGACGCAACAUAUUGAAUGUUGAUCCUUUUUUUUUACAUAUAUAAAAAAAUAGCAUUUUGCAAGAGAAAAUAGUCCAUUCCACUGCAUAGCAACAGCUGGGAGUGCUGUGGCCGCAGCUUAACUGAAAAUGACGGCAGCACUGAUACAGGUCUGACACAGGUACACAGGUACUGACACAGUUUCUGUUCCUCUCACCAGUCCUUAAACUCUGCAGAGCCUACACCUAGUUCCUCCGCUCUUUUUCUGUCUCCUGCUGAUUUCUCUGUCUUUCAGUUUCUUCUUUCUCUUCUGUGUUUUUUUUUUCUCUCACUGGGGACGGUUUGCCUUCAAGAAUCCAAAGUUUUGUGCUAUUUGCAAAAAUAACAAUUACCUUUGUUUUAAGUAUUCCACGGUGUCUCUGAUGAAGUAUUGUAAAUGAAUGUGUUUAUUUUUACUCCCGCUGAUGUUGGAUUGAUCUAAAUUCUGUCUGCGUAUUGAUAUGACUGCACACAGUCCCUUGAUAAGACCGUCCAUAGCUAUCAUCUACAAAGAGCAGGCUGCUGAAUGUCCAAAUUGACCAACCAGAUUUGAGUAUUUCAUUAAGCUGCAAAAACGAUAUAAAAUAAUAAUCCUAUUUCCACUGUGUCUAGAGCCCUCAACUGCGUCUCAUGGUCCUCACGUGAUCUCAGUGUCCUUUGUAGGCAGGUGUUAUCAUGUCAGCGCAGAUUCUUACCUAGCCUAUAUGAUAACAACUAAGCCAUCUCCAUGACAACUGAGCAAGCAUUAUUCACCAAUGCAGACAAUGUUGUGAGGCUGAAUGUUCUGGAAAAGCUAAUAAUAGACUUAAACUGGCAGUGGAACAACUGCUCCCUCAACAGGCAUCAGAACCAGGUCCAGGUGUGUGUCGGGGGUUCCCAGCCCAUUUGAUUGGCAGUCUCCUCAGACAUGAGAAAUCUUUCUUCCCACCCCCAACUGUGCAGUUGCCCCAUCCCACCACUGGUGGUCACUAUUUCAGCCACAGGGAUGAGCAGCCCCCCCAUUUUAAUACAGUAUAUUAAUAGUGUUGGAGUGCACAUCAGGCCAGAGGGUAGGGACUGUGGUGGGCAAGAGUCUAGCCUCAGAUAUUGCUCAGAUUUGUAUUAUUUUAUUUGUCCAAUUCACACCUUUAAGGACCGUACUGCUCUUUAUUAGCAAGAAAAUAUAAACACCAUGAUGCACACCAAGAAAAAGACUUUUUCACUUAAAAAAGAAAGGAAUCUCCCACAAUACAGCCACAUGUCUGCGCUCAUGCGUGUCAUUUGUAAUGCUUUGGGCAGUUUUGUGUUUGACUUAUUUUCAUAUUACUAUCUAUCGUACAACCUGCAAUCCAAACCACUUUGUUAGAUGUAUUGAAAAGAAAGUCAAAUGUAUUUUAUACAUCAUUAAAACAUUAAUCCUGA